AUGGGCAUCUUCUCCAGAAAAGACAAGUCCACUCGGGGCAUCACAUCCAAGCCAUCCCUCACAACAGUCCAGUCCCAGGUCAGCCUCGAUUCAGGAAGCUCCAGCAUCAAGUCACCAGCAGGCACCUUCAGUUCGCGCGCCAUGAAUCGCAGCUCCGCAGGCACGAAUAACACUUCGGCACCCAACACGCCGCUCUCGCCCUUCUCCCCACAGGUCCCCAAGAUCGACCUCCCGAAGCCCCCAGACCCGGAUCUGGACCCCGCUGGCUACCUCAGGAACCUUGCCGCCGUCAGGGAGAGGUCCAGGGUCAUCACCACCAAGGCAGUCAAGAAUGAGCUGAGACAUUUCGAUGUGGACAUGCGCAAGUUCCCCGAGGUGGUGAGCUUCGUCGCUAGCAUUAUCAGGCACUUCUGCGUGGGCGGCCGAGAUCGGAUCGCCCACCUGUUGUCAACAUGGGAAAACGUCGACAGUACCGAGAAAUGCCGUCGCCUGAUCGAUUUGUUCCUGGUCAGCGUUCUGCUGGACGCCGGAGCUGGCACGCAGUGGAGCUACAAGAGCACCGAAAAUGGACGAAUCUACAGGAGAUCUGAGGGCAUUGCAGUCGCCAGUCUCGAGAUGUUCAAGACGGGUGUGUUCUCCGGUGACAAGACAAGCAAGUACCAAGUCGACAAGGACGGGCUGCGCAACCUGACUAUCGAGCAAAUGGCAAAGGGCCUGCAGUCAAAACCCGGCAACGAGAUGGCAGGUCUAGAGGGACGGACUGAGCUCCUAAUUAGGCUCGCAGACGCACUUGACUCCAACAAGGAGUUCUUUGGGGAGAAUGGACGCCCCGGCAACAUGCUUGACUACCUCUUGGCCCACCCCUCCACACAAGCCUCCUCGAUGCCUAUCGUGCCGCUACCGACGCUCUGGAACGUCCUCAUGUCAGGAUUAGCGCCCAUCUGGCCCCAAUCGCGCACGGCCAUCAAUGGUAUCUCGCUAGGCGACGCCUGGCCAUGCUCUUCCAUGCCCCAGCCAGCACCAGCUACAUCGCCAUCCGCCGGCGGCCCAAUCUUCAGCCCGUUCCCCAACACGUCUGGCCGGUCUGGGUCUGCAGCAGCCUGGGAGUCAAUCCUGCCGUUCCAUAAGCUGACGCAGUGGCUCACCUACUCCCUGAUGCAGCCCAUGCAGCAGCUGAUGAAGAUCCACUUCGCCGGCCAGGAGCUCCUGACCGGUCUGCCCGAGUAUCGGAACGGUGGGCUGUUCGUCGAUCUGGGCGUGUUGACGCUGAAGCCCGAGGAUAUGGAGAGGGGCCUGCAGCACUACAAGGAGUACUGCUCCAGGACUGGCGACCCCGGAAUCGAGGUCGCCCCAAUGUUCGAGCCUAGUGACGACCUAGUGGUGGAAUGGCGUGGUGUCACGGUUGGCCUCCUGGACCGACUAUGUAUAGAAGUCAACCAGGCGCUCAAGUCAGAGCUGGCGGGACACGAGUUGUCAUUACCCCAGAUGCUGGAAGCUGGAAGCUGGAAGGGUGGUCGCGAAAUUGCCGAGAUCAACCGGCCGAAUACGAAGGAGCCACCGAUCCUAAUCGACAGCGACGGCACGGUGUUCUAG